AAACUGGUAAACAAAAAGGAUAUGGACUUUCAUGACAUAGUCAUCAAAGACAAAACUGGGAGUAUUGAAAUCGCAUUGUGGGACAGGCUUGUUGGCACUAUCGAAAAGGGACAGACUAUAGAGGUCAAGAAGUGUAGAGUAAAACUCUUCAGAGAAGAAAAAAACUCAACACAACCUUUAACACAACAACAGAGGAUGAACUAUUUGAAGUUUCUUCAGAUGAAGAAGGUCAAUGAUGAAGCAGCACAUAUUUCCUUGGCAGUAGGAACAGUAGAGGCUGUGUCGGAAGUAGACCCAUAUUUAGCAUGUCCAAUUGCGUCUUGUAACAAUGUAAAAAUGGUCACUGUGAAAGGUGAAGAUGACAUAUACAAGAUGAAUUGCAAAAAGUGCCAUGGGACAUUCAGAGCAAGUUUUAAAGUUGCAAAAGUAUUCACAUUUGUCCAACCCGCUUUACUCAUUAUAUCAGCUAAAGAAACAUUGUACAGUUUAGCUUUAGACGUAGCUGCAGAUCUCACUGAAUGA